AACCAGUUCAGUUGGCCCGUCUUAACUCUUCUACACUACCUCUUCAAACCCCUUUUUCCUUUGCAGAUAUCGCCAUGUCGACCACUCAUAAUACAAAUAGAAUGGAGAACGAUCCUCAGUCCGUCAGUCAACCCGUUUCUCCUAUUCCAGGUAAUAUAACUGACGAGACCGCCUCGACACAAUAUUCUACAUCACGGGAGACUGUACCAAAGCAUACCGUAUCACACGAUGAAUCAACCUUGAGACCAGACAGCUCGGCAAUCUUGACACCAGAAAAUCUAGCUACCCGCAUACUGACAGAAAAUGACUGUCCCGAAGCUCUGGCUUACGCAUGGCCGAAGUGGAAAAAAUGGGGUAUACUGACCGUCAUCUUUCUUGUCCAAAUUUCAAUGAAUUUGAACGCUUCCCUAUACGCCAAUGGACAGAGCGGUAUCGCCGAGGAUCUCAGUGUUAGUGUUCAGGCCGCAGUGAGCGGAGCUGCCAACUUUCUUGUUUUAUACGCAUUCGGAUGUGAGCUUUGGGCGCCGUGGUCUGAAGAGUUUGGAAGGAAACCUGUCCUACAAUGCUCCCUGCUGAUGGUAAAUCUAUGCUGCAUUCCUGUUGCACUUGCCCAUAUCCAUCGCUCCUUCGCUGUUAUCCUCGUCGGACGUGCCUUCGGUGGUCUUUUCUCUGCAGGGGGAAGUGUUACCCUGGGGGUAGUCGCGGACAUGUUUACGGCUAAUGAGCAAGAAUUUCCGCUGGCAUACAUUGUCCUCUCUUCAGUAGGUGGUUCUAUUGUCGGGCCCAUCAUCGGCGGAUUUAUCCAAAGAGAUCUCCAUUGGAUGUGGACCAUAUGGAUCCAACUUAUCUUCGGGGUUUUCGUCCAAAUAUUGCAUCUAGUAUUCGUGCCUGAGACUCGAUCUGCCAUCCUACUUAAUAGACAUGCGAAGAAAAUGAGGGAGGCCAAAUUCGAAACCACCGGCGAAAAAAGCAAUGUCUACGGACCCUCCGAGUCGAAGCCGCUCAAAGACUAUCUACUCCCGAAAGAAAUUCUUGCUAUAUGGCUCCGGCCCUUCAGGAUGCUCUUCACGGAGAGAAUAGUAAUGGUACUUUCUACACUUUCCGGCUUCAGCGACGCCCUCAUCUUCAUACAAAUCCAAUCCCAGGAUCGCGUUUUCAGGUUGUGGAACUUUGACGAAGCACAAAUAGGACUUUCUUUCAUCCCAUUAGGCAUUGCUUAUAUCCUUGCAUUUCUACUAUACAUUCCAAUCAUUUACCGUAACAAAGUUCUACGAGCGAGGAAUCCUCUUAGUGAGAAUGCUCAAUUUGAGUCAAGGCUCUGGUGGCUGCUUUUCACCGCACCGCUCCUCACUGUUGGAAUACUUCUAUACGCCUGGACAAGCACGCCUACGGUACAUUGGAUUUGCCCGAUGAUCGGAUGCCUCUUGAUCGGCAUAGCUAACUACACCAUCUACAUGACUACUAUCGACUACAUGGUGAAGGCGUAUGGCCCGUACUCUGCCUCUGCAACUGGAGGGAACGGCUUUGCUCGUGACUUCUUGGCCGGAAUCUUGACGUGGGCCGCGAAGCCAUACUACGACGCAUUUGAGUUCAAAUACGGUCUUCAGACUGCGAACUCUAUGCUCGCCGCCAUAAGCCUGCUUCUCGUCGCUGCUACCUUUAUCGUCUAUUAUAAGGGACCAGCUAUGCGCAGGCGGUCACCCUUCGCGGAGUCUCUAAGCCACGGCAGAGACGAAGGUUUGACAGGUGUCAGGGAGAUCCCGUGAUGGAUGUCGGACGAUGAGUGAAUGUUAGCUAGAGAGGUCAGCAAGUGUAUAGGUUAGAGUAGUGAUAUACUAGCGUUUGCCCCUCUAAGCACCUUCCAGGCUGUCACGGUACGGUCCUAUAGCGUAAACCCUAGUGGAUCACCAUCGUGUAUAUAAGAUAGCCAAACGAGGGACCUCUUACUAGUUGCC